GACCUCCUCCAUAAUUCACUCGGCUAAUAAAUUACGAUCAAUUUCAACAUCUGCUUUCGUAGGGUUCCUCUCCAAUCCUCCGCUCUUUUUCUCUCUGCUCCAAAUCCAACCCAUUUUCUAAUCCUCCCGGUGGGACAGAUCUCUGCCAUGAACUAAUAUAUGGAUGGGCUUGGUGCUGGGGGUGAUAUUCAAGAUGCUCCCAACCCGGCGGGUCUUGAGCAAUUGGGAGAUGUUCCCACAGGAGGUGCAGUAUUUGAUGCAUCACAAUAUGCAUUCUUUGGUAAAAAUGUAGUUGAGGAGGUUGAGUUAGGGGGGUUAGAAGAUGAAGAUAAUGGUUUGCUGGGUGUUGAUCUUAACGAGGAGGAGUUCUUCUUUAAUAUUAAUAAAGAAGAGGCUGAGGAUGUAAGAUCUCUUUCAGAUAUUGAUGAUCUCACUACCACUUUUUUGAAGUUGAACAAGGCUGUUAGUGGGCCAAGAUAUCCUGGUGUUAUUGGUGAACGGGGAUCAAGAGAAAGUUCUUCUGCUUCUGACUGGGCACUGAGGGAUGAUGUUCCCAACUGGUUUGACCAGCAUGCUUUUAACAGUGAAGGGCUCCAUUCUACUCUCUCUCAUGAAGAACCAAAGCCCUUGUACAGAACAUCUUCAUACCCUGAACAGCUACGGCAACAGCAGCCCUACCCCCUCCAACAUCACUCUAGUGAACCAGUGAACUGGUUUGAUCAGCGUAUGUUUGAUGUUGAAGCUGCUCAGGAUGGUAAACGAUGGUCAUCACAGCCGCAAUCCUCCUUGUACAGAACGUCUUCCUAUCCUGAUCAGCGACAGCAAUUUCCCCAUUUCUCCAGCGAACCAACUUUUGUCCCAAAGUCAUCUUUUACUUCUUAUCCUCCCCCUGGUGGUAAGUCACCACAACCUUCUCCAAAUCAUGGUACAAGUAGCUUGAUAAUUCCUUAUCAGACUGGAGGAACUCAGAUGGCAUUAUCUUCACAAAGUCGUUCUCAUUAUUCCAAUUCUGCACUUCAUUUGAGUGGAUUAAACCAUGGGUCUCAUUUUAGUGGAAAUAUGCGGCAGUUUACUACUGGCUCUACUCUUAAUCAUCGCAUGCAAAAUCAAUGGAUCAAUCAUGCAGGGUUAUAUCCUGGAGAUCAUUCAAACCUUCUAGGUAACAUGCUGCAGCAACAAUUGCAUCUUCAUAAUGGACCUAUAUCUCCUAACUUAAUGAGUCAGUUGCAGCAACAGCAGCAUAGACUGCAUCAUCCUGCUCAGCAAUCAGCAUACCUUUCAGGUUUCCGGUCCCAUUUACUUAAUCCUCAUCUUUCUUCUGGCUCAUCUGUGAUGAGCAAAUAUGAUCAUAUGCUUGGUCUGGCUGAUGUUAGAGAUCAUAGACCAAAAUCAACUCAUAAAAGUAGACAUAAUACUCGCUUCUCUCAACAGGGUUCCGAUAUCACUAGCCAGAAGAGUGAUAGUGGGUCACUGCAGUUUCGGUCCAAGUAUAUGACAAGUGAUGAAAUUGAGAGUAUUCUCAAAAUGCAGCUUGCGGUGACACAUAGUAAUGAUCCAUAUGUAGACGACUAUUAUCACCAAGCUUGUCUUGCUAAAAAAUCUUCCAUUUCUAAGUUGAAACAUCCAUUUUGUCCAACCCAAAUAAGGGAACUUCCUGCACGAUCCCGGUCUAAUUCUGAGCCCCAUGCUUUUCUUCAGGUUGAUGCUUUAGGGAGGGUUUCAUUCUCAUCUAUACGUCGGCCUCGUCCUCUCCUUGAGGUUGAUCCCCCAAACUCUUCUGGUACUAGUAGCACUGAGCAAAACAAUUUUGAGAAGCCACUUGAACAAGAGCCUAUGUUUGCAGCCAGGGUCACAAUUGAGGAUGGUCUAUGUCUUCUUCUUGAUAUAGAUGAUAUUGAUCGUUUCUUGCAGGCCAAUCAGAUACAAGAUGGUGGCACCCAAUUAAGAGUGAGGCGGCAGGUCCUGUUGGAAGGAUUAGCAACUUCUCUUCAGUUAGUUGACCCGCUGGGAAAGAAUGGACACAAAGUUGGUCUUGCUGCCAAGGAUGACCUUGUUUUCUUACGUUUAGUAUCUCUUCCCAAGGGACGUAAGCUUCUGGCAAGGUAUCUUCAGUUGCUUCUUCCUGGUAGUGACCUUAUGCGAAUAGUCUGCAUGGCUGUCUUUCGUCAUUUAAGACUCUUAUUUGGUGGCCUCCCCUCUGAUUCGGGAGCUGCAGAAACAACAGUUAACCUUGCUAAGAUUGUUUCCCAGUGUGUCCGAGGGAUGGACCUUGGUGCUCUCAGUGCUUGUCUUGCAGCUGUGGUUUGUUCCUCAGAGCAGCCCCCUCUGCGCCCUCUUGGAAGUGCUGCUGGAGAUGGUGCAUCUGUUGUCUUAGUAUCUGUUCUUGAGAAGGCUACUGAACUUCUAACCGAUCCUCAUGCUGCCUGCAACUAUAAUAUAGCUAAUCGUUCAUUUUGGCAGGGCUCCUUUGAUGAAUUCUUCGGUCUUCUAACAAAGUAUUGCAUGAAUAAAUAUCAUAGUAUCAUGCAAUCCUUGCUUAAGCAAGGCACAUCGAACAUGGCUGUCAUUAAUGCUGAUGCUGCCAAAGCUAUUAGUCGAGAAAUGCCAGUUGAGCUCUUGCGUGCAAGUCUUCCUCAUACAGAUGACCACCAAAGGAAGUUGUUACUAGACUUUGCGCAGCGCUCUGUACCUGUGGUUGAACUUAACAGUAAUGCCGGAAGCAGUAGUAGUGGUCAUGUGAACUCCGAGACAGUACUGAGUUGAUGCACGACUAUAUGACAACCUCACCUAAUGAUCAUGUAUGUUGGGUGCAAAAUCCGUCCACAUCAACAGAUAUCAUCAGGAAAACCUUGCAUCUGUUCCAAGCACACAAACAAUCCAAAGCCGAAAGCCAGGGAACUGCGGGUGGCUUCUAAAGCGGAUGUCCAAACUCGUCCUUGCUUCUUUUGCCACACCCGUGUGCAGCACUCUAUUACUUAUGCAACCAAGCCCCUUUGUGUAUCAUGAAAAACACAGGGUUGAUUUGUUCCUAGUGUCUUCUGUCUUUUUUCUUUUUUCUCUUGACAGGGCAGCUUAUUUUGUUUCUAUGUGUGGUUGGUAGGAGGAAUACAGUAGUGGUUAGAAUGUACAGAUUUAGCUGCAAAUCUGAUUCCCAAUUCCCCAUGUACACCCUUUACUAUUAUAUACAAGGCGUGGGGUGGGGUUGUAUCUUCAUUAUCUACCUGUGAUGGGUAACCAAUUUGCUGGAAAUUGCAUUGGGGUUGCUCGGAUGUUUGAUUGGAAAACAGGUUGAAAUGAUGGGCCAUGGCUGAAAAUACCGAAGGAACUCUGGUGAAAUAAAUUAUGUUGACCUUGCUGCAAAAAUAUCAUGCUUUCUUUCCUUGGUUAUCA